UAAGAAAUAUUACGGGAUACAGAAGAUAGUGACAAUUCUUGUUUGAUAUUCGAAAGACUUUUGCGAUAUUAUAACGAGCUUCUGAAGACGUGAAGUAGACAGUUUACGACGGUGAGGCUAGCAGAUUCGAUUAAAAUGUCUUUUCAAUUUUCUCAGUUCUUUUGGGAAAAUUUGAUUGUUACUGUGCCUGACAAAAAUGACGAGUGUUCGAGAGAAAGGUGGUGCAAGUUUUCACGUAGGAACCCUAUGAAAGUAUUGAAUAUACUGAAAGGAGUGUCCGGAUACGCAGAGUCUGGUAACAUGUUUGCUAUAUUGGGACCGAGUGGGGCGGGCAAAACCACAUUUCUUGCCGCUUUAGCGAGGAGACUCAAAUUAACUUCGGGCGUAAUAAAGAUCAACGGAUACGACGUUUCGCCAGACACAAUGGAAGCAAUAUCGAGCUAUAUGUCGCAAUUUGAUGCUCUACCAUCCGCGCUCACGCCUAGAGAACACAUGUCAUUCAUGUGCGCUUUGCAAACAGGAAGUAGCUGCAGCAUGCUACGAAGAAAAUCUUUAGGGGAGGAAUUUCUACGGGAUCUUGGAUUGUACGAGUGCAUCGAUACUGCUAUAUCUAAACUAUCUGGCGGUGAAAAGAAACGCUUGUUGUUAGCCGCGGAAUUGGUGACGAGACCAAAGAUAUUUUUUUUAGACGAGCCAACCACUGGUCUGGAUACUUUCGCUGCAACGCGAGUCGUGGAAUCGUUGAAAUUAAUCGCCUCGAGGGGCACUAUCGUUUUCUGCACGAUUCAUCAACCAGGUAUGACGAUAUAUAAUAUAUUCAGCCAUGUCAUACUGAUGGCCGAUGGCAGAUCGGUGUAUUUCGGAACUCUGAAGAACGCCACGGAUUUUUUCGAGAGCCAGGACUAUCAAUGUCCUACGAACUACGACGAGUCAGAGUAUUACGUAAAUAUUCUGUCACGCCGAGAUCGAGCGGAUCGCAAUAUCGAGCUGUGCCGAGCGUUCUCACGAUCGCCGUUAUCAAAGAUCCCCGUGGUCGAGAACGUUCCGAUUUUCCACGCCGGUCCUCGAAGAAAAUCAGGAUGGUUCGUACAGUUUUACUGGCUACUCUGGAGAACACUCCUACGGGAUAAGAGAACGGCCUUCGACAGUUGGAUCGCGUGGUUCUCUUGCGCGCUAUCCAUCGUCUUCAUAAUUCUUUUUUACGUUGGCACCAAUUCAACGACGCAGGAGGGAAUCCAGAGUGCUCGGGGCGUAUUGUACUUAACGAUCUCCGAGGUAGUCUUCGUGAAUGCCUACUCCGUCGUUUUCGAGCUACCCAGUGAGCUUGUUCUCUAUGUCCGCGAAAGUACCGUAUACGCACCAGGACCUUAUUACCUCGCUACCGUUCUCGCUUUGAUAUCCAAGGCGACAUUCAAGGCGCUUUUGUUCACGGUCGCCCUGUACUUCGUGCUGCAUUUCGAUUUUUCGCUGCUCGGCUUCUGCUCCUAUUGUCUCUGCACGAUAGCGGCGGCGAUCUGCAGUACCGCGUACGGCAUGACGAUCUCCAGCUGGAUCGCCGACAUCGAUAUCGUAACCACAAUAAUGAUACCACUCGACUUGUUAUUUCUCCUGACGGCGGGUACGUUUUACAAUCUGCGGACUUUGCCGAGCUACCUGGCGUAUUUCAAAUAUUCAUCCAUAUUUUACUACAGUACCGAAGCAAUAUCGAUAGUACACUGGUCGGGAAUAGAUGACAUUGAUUGUCCAGCCAAUCGUGGCUCGCCUUGCCUAUCGAACGGAACGGAAGUUUUAUCGGAGUACGGAUAUAAUGAAGAAAACUUCUGGUGGGAUAUGACCGGAUUGCUGCUCCUAACAAUUCUGAUGAAUAUCAUUGCGUAUCUCGGUACGAGGAGAAGAAGAGUGUCAAAACCGAUUGCUUAUUAGAUGACGAAUCACAACCUGGCACGCGACGUACCUUUUUAUUGUAACAAUUAUAUUUGAUUUGCUCAAAAUAUACGAUCGACAAUACAAAGAUCCAAUUGUCGUCUAA